AGUGACUAAAGUCGGCAAUGGAAGGUUCUUGGUCCACAGUAGUUGGAGACUUGGAUAUAUCGUGUUCAAAGGAGCUCUUCUUCUUUGUCUGAAUUAGACUCGCCAGUUGAUUACCUCCAUCUGCUUCGUUUCCGACUAUAAAGAACUCUAUCUGAAGAAUUUUGAAGAAAUGGAAUCCAUUAAGACCACAAGGGGUGUUUUGCGGAGUGAUGAAUUAUAUCAUUAUAUAUUGGAGACUAGUGUGUAUCCCCGUGAACCUGCGCCUCUCAAGGAGCUAAGGGAUGCCACGGUCGGCCACCCUCGGGCUAGUUGGGGUACUGCACCAGAUGGGGCACAGUUACUAGCCAUGCUGUUGAAGCUCAUAGAUGCAAAGAGGACAAUUGAAAUUGGAGUUUUCACGGGAUAUUCUCUACUCCUCACUGCACUUACGAUUCCUGAGGAUGGCAAGAUUAUAGCCAUAGAUAUAAAUCAUGAGACAUGUCAUCAGAUAGGCUUGCCUAUCAUAAAGAAAGCUGGCGUUGAGCACAAAAUUGACUUCAUUGAAUCCGAGGCUGUACCAGUUCUUGAUAAGCUAUUGGAACAUCCUGAAAAUGAAGGCAGUUUCGACUUUUCCUAUGUGGAUGCCGACAAGGAAAACUACUGGAGUUACCACGAGAGACUACUGAAACUGGUGAAGGUGGGUGGCUUAGUUGUCUAUGACAACACCCUCUGCGGAGGAUCAGUCGCAUUGCCUGAUGAGUCAACUCCAGAGCUGAGGAAAAAACGCAGACAGCUAGCCAUUGAGCAUAACAAGUCACUUGCAGCCGAUCCUCGUAUCCAAAUCUCUCAUGCUUCUGUUGGUGAUGGGAUGAUGAUUUGUCGCCGGAUCAUAUAACUUUGCCUUCACCGUUGAAAUCUUAUACAUAUGUAGCUUGCUCUCUGCAUAAACAACACUUUGGCUUGGUCAAUGAAACUGUAACCUUUCUAAUAUUCAAGAAGUUGUAAUGAACAACUCCUUUUGAUUUAUACACUUGACAA